GGCUCUAGCACUAAUUUAUAUUUAGUUUAAAUCCAGGCAGACAAGAACCCUGCCAUUAGAGAGCUCUAGUGCAAACAAUGUUCAAAUUUUUUAAAGAAACACAAUUUACAGCUCCUAAUUUCAAAUCACAACUUCCUUUUUUCAGUACAAUGAACCUGAUUGAAUUGCAAUAAUUCAGGUUGAAUCCAAGAAAACAAUCCAGGAGAAUGUGGAUUAUGAUGUAAGCCCUCCUAUUUGCUACUUGGCAGGACAAUACAGCCAUUCUUGGAUAACAAAACAAAGAAUAGAGGGGCCAGGGCAUUCCCUAAUUCCUAUGGUUGAUCAAUACAAAAACUGUAAAGAAAAAUAAAAGUUAGAUAAUAUAAUGAGUAAUGGUAGUUUCCCAAUCAGGAUAGAGAAGUAGAGAACAGUGGCUCUUCCCAUAAUGCAAUGUCAGCGUUUUUAGUAAGAUUCUCUGUUACACUACGCUUACGACAAGAAACCAAAUUGCGCCCAUAAUAAAUCUUUUACUGAUCUCAUUGUCCCAUUAAACUAACAAAGAAACUCUCUUUCUUAGUUUUCACAAGCAAUCCAAAAUUCCAAAUCAACACACGCUCUUCUCAAAGUCAAUGCACCGACUGCUUUGUGGAUCUGAGUCUUUGGUAGAGAGCCUAGCUGGAACGAGAAUUGGGUUGACGAAUGCUAUGAAAGGACGAAAAAGCUGACUCGAUUGCUGGCAAUUAUUGACAAGUACGAGUAGAAUAUCCAAAAUUCUAAUAUGUACAGAUUUGUCACAUGUGAUGAUCCGAAAGGAGUUGUAGAAUGUGGAACAGUUAGAAGAUCCAAGAGUGCUUCCCAGAAAAUGGAGGAUAAGAUCAACAGUCGUAGAACACAGAAGAAAUCAAACACAUCUUUGGCAUACAAGGAAAAGAAAGAAGAGAUGGUUCCUAAGGAGAUUAUAGAAGAGUAUCAUAGUCCAUCUUCAUUUCAGCUCCUAGAGGUCUCCAGAGGAGCUCAGAAGUUGAACCAUUUGAUGGACUCAUUUUCUAAAGGGUUGAGCUAUGAUGGCCAGUCCAAAGAUAUUGCAAAGGAGUUGUUGAAAGGAGCUCUUGAUCUGCAAGAUUCUCUAACCAUGCUUGGCAAGUUGCAAGAAGCCUCACAGUAUAUGGCUAAGUUGAAGAAAAAGCAAAAGGAGAAACCAGAAAGAAGAAAAUUUGAUGAAGUGGGGAGCGAGAAAACAAAUUCACAUCUAUCUGGAGAUCACAAUCACCAACUAGGAUUUCAACGGCCAAGGCUUUCAUCUGAUAGGUCAUCAAAAGAUUGCAUUGAGGAGCUCAGGAAUGCAAUCAGAGACGGCUUGGCUAGGCAAAAUUUGCUUCCAAACACAUCUACCCAGGAGAGAACAAAUUUUGAUAGGAGAAAGAAGGACUCAAUUUCGCAUAUCCCUUCCACUAGCUCAAGCCAAUUGUCAGUGGUUCAGUCAAGCAAUAUUCAUUCUUGUGGCUCCACUGUAUCAGAAAUAGCUUUACAGAAGAAGGGAAAAGGCCCAAAUUUGAUUGCCAAGCUAAUGGGUUUGGAAGACAUCCCCUCGAAGAAAUUGAUGCAGUCUCCAGAGAGACAGUUCAAUAUGGAGAAGAAUGUGAGUCAGCGGAGGCCAGUCUUUGACAUUGAAAUGCCGAAGCUAAGGAAGCCUCAACCGAUAAUACAGAAGGUAGAUUCAGAGCGAAGGACGCUGAAGGAAUUACUUGAAACUGGGCAAUUUCAGGAACUCUUGAAAGGCAGUUCUGACAAAGAGCUCAAGUCCCAUUCUCAUCAAUCCAGUGAUUUCCAUUCUAAACAAAGGUCACUCCAUGAUUUUCCACCAAUUGUACUUAUAAAACCUCCGCGUGUUCCCUGCUUAGAAUCAAAGGAGGCACGUGCACCAAUGGUUUGGGGAGAGGGAUCCUUGAACACAAAAUUGAUGCUGAGAAAAAUGAAAAUAAAAGAAGAUUUCUCUUCCAGAUCAAUAGAUAACGAAGACAGCAAAAUUCACUGCAGAAUAGAAGCAGAUGAGACUCGAAUCAAAAGGGUUAUUCAGGAAGGAGCAAAGGAUCACAUAGAGGUAGUCGUGAUACCAGAAGAGAAAGAAGUCAGAACGAUUGAGCAGAGAGAAGGGGCUGUGAAAGCAAAAAAGGUGCAGACGAAACUGGAAGCGGAAAAGGCUCCAGCGAAAAGAUUUAGCUAUGAAGAAAGAGCUAAAGACCACAAAAGGGCAGUUGCAGGUGCAGAGGAGAAAGAAGUCAAGAAAAGUGUGAAGGAUUCUUCUAUGAUAAAAGAAUCUAAUCCUGCAACUCACCAACGACAGAAAAAAGAUACAGAUAAGAAGGUAGAUAAGAGUCAGAAGGUGGUGGGCAGUGGCAGAAAACCAGUAGAUAGGGAAAUUGUGAAGACUAAAAUUGUGUCUAGAUCUCAAGAUCAACCCACGAUAAGCUCUACGAAGCUGAGGAAACCUGAAAGUGCAAUUGUUACUACUAAACAUCAUAUUUCACAGAACCGACUUGCCACCAGAAAAACCAUCUCAAAGCUCACAACACAAACGACAAUUCAUAAUUCUAAUGAUCAGAAGCAGAAAGAAAAACAAGCAACUGUGCAUACAGCAGCUAUGCCAAUUACUGAUAAUUUAGAGUGCAGAGAAGAUGAUGAGAGGAUUGAUCUCCUAUACAAUGAUCACUCAGAAAAAGAAGGAUCCACUAUCACACAUGAUGAUCAACCAUCUACAGAAGAGGAAGCAAAUGAUUCAAAAUUUCGAACUGAAGAGCAUUGUGGUGGUGACCAGGGUUCCCUUUGUCUAAUCGCCAAAGAAGUGAAUGAUCAAAUGACUCGCAUUGGAACAGAUGACACAAGCUUCGAAAGUUCAUACCAAUUGAAAGAUUUGCUUUUGAGCAGUUCAUCAUUCAUAAACCUCGCAGAGGAACUUUUUCAUCUAAAUAUGAGUUAUCCUAAGAUCUUACCAGCAUCUGGCAUAUACGAUUCAGGAGUAACAGAUGUUAAACUGUCUUUAGAUUAUGCAAAUGAAUUCAUUGAACGUAGAAGCCUUCCUGAUUCACAAACAAGGCAUCUUCCAUUAUCUUAUAUGGGAGAUUCAAGAAUUUCUCUCUCUCUAGAUCAGUUGGUAGAGGAAAUUUGUAGAGGAAUUGAAACUCUUAGGAGCUACCAAAAGCUUGCUUGCGACCACCUUCUUACAGAUAGUUUGUAUGCAACAUUUGAGAAAGAUAUGAGGUGCAAAGGAGUGGUGAGUGGAAUAUGGGAUUUGGGUUGGAGAAAUGGAUUCUCUGUGCAGGAACUUGAGCAAGCUUUAAGUGACAUAGAGAAGUUUCUUGUCAGUGAGUUGAUAGAGGAGGUCUUUUCAUGAUUUCUUAGCAUUUUACAUUUAUGAUUGUAUUUAUAUAGAGGUUGACAGGUAAGCAGUGUUUCUGUAAAUAAGUGACUUCGGUUAAAUAUACAGGACGAAAAAGCUGAGCUUUUUGGCUAUGGCCUCACUGUUAUUGUAACCUUUAUUUGGCUAAAGCUUUAUCUUCAUUGACGUCAAGGCAAGAGGACCACAAGAUGUACAUAACUGAGGUCAAAUUUGAUUGGUUUGAUUGUUGAA